UUACUCGUCUCUAGGCUAGGCAUGGGGUUUACAGAGUCAGCCAAUCACAUAACGCCGAGCUCAGGUUGCUAGGCAGAUUAUGGUAAUGACGCCCCGCCUUUUAUGCUGCUCCCACUCUGCGGCGGGAAGAACCACCUGGAGGUGGCGGGGGGGGAUUGAUUUCCAUCACCCCUAGGGAGAGAGGAUCGGGGACCCGCUGAUCUUCCAGCUCCCCUCACCCAACAUCGUGCAUACUGCAGAGACGUCUUCUUGUCCUUCAUGAGCACUCACGGGGUGGACGGAUGACUGUCCUCCACCCCAUGCUGCCCUAGGUGCCCUGGACGUGGAGCUGUCCAGUUGGGAAAGGAUGGACUCCAAAGAGGAGAGCUCCCACGUGUGGCCUGCAUCUGCAGAACAUGAGGAGAGUGCGGCACAGGUGAAGAGUGGUCUUUCCAGCGUGGUGGUACACUUUGUUCCAGACGCUGGAACGGUGGCUCAGAUCGUCUACACUGAUGACCAGGUUCGCCCGCCCCAGCAGGUGGUGUACACGGCAGAUGGUGCCUCCUACACGUCGGUGGACGGUCCCGAGCACACCCUGGUGUACAUCCAUCCGGUGGAAGCCGCUCAGACUCUGUUUACAGACCCAGGCCAGGUAGCUUACGUCCAACAGGAUGCUACAGCUCAGCAGGCCUCAUUGCCGGUGCACAGCCAGGUGUUACCUUCGAUAGACAGUGUGGAUGGCUCAGACCCUUUGGCUACUCUGCAGAACCCUAUGAGUAGACUGGAGGCCAAAGAGGAAGAGGAAGAGGAUGAAGAUGAGGACUCGGAGGAAGAUGAGGAGGAAGAUGGAGAAGACACAGACCUGGAUGACUGGGAACCAGAUCCUCCUCGGCCCUUCGACCCACACGACUUGUGGUGUGAAGAGUGUAACAACGCACACUCUUCGGUGUGCCCGAAGCAUGGCCCCUUGCACCCCAUCCCCAACCGCCCUGUGCUCACCAGGGCGAGAGCCAGCCUCCCCCUGGUCCUCUACAUCGAUCGGUUCCUUGGAGGCGUGUUCUCCAAGAGGCGCAUCCCUAAGCGCACCCAGUUUGGCCCCGUGGAGGGACCCCUCGUUAGGGAGUCCGAGCUGAAAGACUGUUAUAUUCAUCUGAAGGUUUCUCUGGAUAAAGGGGACAGAAAAGACAGGGAUUUGCACGAAGACCUGUGGUUCGAGUUGUCUGACGAGACCCUUUGUAACUGGAUGAUGUUUGUGCGUCCAGCCCAGAACCAUCUGGAGCAGAACCUGGUGGCUUACCAGUACGGCCACCACGUGUAUUACACAACAAUCAAAAACGUGGAGCCCAAGCAGGAACUGAAGGUGUGGUAUGCUGCAUCCUAUGCUGAAUUUGUGAACCAGAAAAUUCAUGACAUUUCUGAGGAAGAAAGGAAAGUUCUUCGAGAGCAAGAGAAGAACUGGCCCUGCUACGAAUGUAACCGCCGAUUUAUAAGCUCGGAGCAGUUGCAACAGCAUCUUAACUCUCACGAUGAGAAACUGGAUGUAUUUAGCAGAACAAGAUGCAGAGGAAGGGGACGAGGCAAGAGGCGAUUUGGCCCAGGUCGACGGCCAGGGCGUCCUCCCAAAUUUAUCCGCUUGGAAAUAACCAGUGAAAAUGGGGAAAAGUGUGAUGAUGGCACACAGGAUUUGCUACAUUUUUCCCCCAAGGAACAGUUUGAUGAAGCUGAACCAGCCACUCUGAAUGGGCUGGAUCAACCAGAACAGACCGCUCUCCCGAUCCCUCAGCUGCCUCAGGAAACCCCAUCUCCUCUGGAGCAGGAGUCGGAAGCUCACAGCCUGCACCUGCAGCCCCAGCAUGAGGAGAGCGUGCUGCCCACCCCAAGCACCCUGACAGCCGAUGACAUGCGCCGGGCCAAGCGCAUCCGAAACGCAGCUCUUCAGCAUCUGUUUAUUCGGAAGUCCUUCCGGCCGUUCAAGUGCUUGCAGUGUGGGAAGGCCUUCCGGGAAAAGGACAAACUGGACCAGCACUUGCGCUUCCACGGGCGGGAGGGGAACUGCCCGUUGACCUGCGACCUUUGCAACAAGGGUUUCAUCAGCAGCGCGUCCCUGGAGAGCCACAUGAAGCUCCAUUCAGACCAGAAGACUUACUCUUGCAUUUUCUGCCCAGAGUCCUUCGACCGCCUCGAUCUGUUGAAAGAUCAUGUGGCCAUUCACAUCAAUGAUGGCUACUUCACCUGCCCCACUUGUAAGAAGCGGUUCCCAGAUUUUAUCCAGGUGAAAAAACACGUGCGCAGCUUCCACUCAGAAAAGAUCUACCAGUGUACCGAGUGUGACAAGGCCUUCUGCCGUCCUGACAAACUGCGACUCCACAUGCUGCGACAUUCAGACCGCAAAGAUUUCCUGUGUUCUACGUGUGGGAAGCAAUUUAAGCGAAAAGACAAACUGCGGGAACACAUGCAAAGAAUGCACAAUCCUGAGCGGGAGGCCAAGAAAGCAGACCGCAUCAGCCGCUCCAAGACCUUCAAGCCUCGUAUCACGUCCACCGACUACGACAGCUUCACGUUCAAGUGCCGCCUGUGCAUGAUGGGCUUCCGGAGACGAGGCAUGCUGGUAAACCACUUAUCAAAGAGGCACCCGGACAUGAAGAUAGAAGAGGUGCCAGAGUUAACUCUGCCCAUCAUAAAACCCAACCGCGAUUACUUCUGUCAGUACUGUGAUAAGGUUUAUAAAAGUGCCAGCAAGAGGAAAGCCCACAUUCUGAAGAAUCACCCUGGGGCUGAGCUCCCGCCAAGCAUUCGGAAACUGCGCCCUGCGGGCCCCGGAGAACCUGACCCCAUGCUGAGCACCCACACCCAGCUCACGGGCACAAUAGCCACCCCUCCCGUCUGUUGCCCCCACUGCUCCAAACAGUACAGCAGCAAGACCAAGAUGGUACAACACAUUCGGAAGAAGCACCCAGAGUAUGCCCAGCUCCCUAACGCUUUGCACACACCCUUGACGACAGCCGUGAUCAGCACCGCUCCCGCCGUUUUAACCACAGACAGUGCCACGGGAGAGACUGUGGUGACGACAGACCUGCUGACUCAAGCCAUGACAGAACUGUCCCAGACCUUAACAACAGAUUACCGAACGCCGCAAGGGGACUACCAGAGGAUCCAGUACAUCCCUGUGUCACAGUCCACAGCUGGUCUUCAGCAGCCUCAGCACAUUCAGCUUCAAGUGGUGCAAGUGGCCCCGGCCACCUCCCCUCACCAGUCCCAGCAGUCCACCGUGGACGUGGGCCAGCUCCAUGACCCUCAGACCUACACCCAGCACGCCAUCCAGGUGCAGCACAUCCAGGUCACCGAGCCCGCCGCCGCAGCUGCCUCAUCCUCCCAGGUAGCUGGGCAGCCUCUGAGCCCCUCGGCCCAGCAGUCUCAGCAGGGCCUCAGCCCCUCCCACAUACAGGGCGCUGCAUCCGCACAAGGCCAGGCUCUCCAGCCGCAGCAGCAGGGCGCCUCUGUGCAGCACACGUACCUGCCCAGCACCUGGAAUUCCUUCCGUGGCUACUCAUCUGAAAUUCAAAUGAUGACACUUCCGCCAGGACAGUUUGUGAUUACCGAUAGUGGUGUGGCCACUCCUGUCACCACUGGCCAAGUGAAGGCGGUCACUCCGGGUCAUUAUGUGUUAUCAGAGAGCCAACCAGAACUGGAGGACAAGCAAGCUUCUGCCCUCUCUGGGGGAGUCCAGGCUCAGCCAACUACGCACAGUGACUUGGACCCCCAGACCAGCAGCCCACAGCAGGCCACACAGUACAUCAUCACAACCACCACCAGCGGGAGUGGGGGCAGGGAAGUGCAUAUCACUAAACCUUAAUUUCUGUCUUCGAGCUGGAAUCAAGCAGUCACAUCAUGUCUUCUCUCAUUCGUAAAUUGGAAAGCUUCUGAUACUUAUAACUCUUUUUUCAGAUUUAUCAUUCACUCAAGAGUUUGGAGGUAAUGGUUUUUAUGCUCAUAUAACCACUGGGGCUUAUUUUAUCAAAGUCAUCUUCACCUGAAGGACUCUUCAGACCCUAGGAGUUUCUGUCAUGGAAUGGAGAUCUUUCAGUGGAAAGUAGGUUUCAAGAUGGAGAAACUUCACCUUGCUCUUGAGGGUUUUUUUUUUUUUUUUUUAAACACAUUGAUAAGCCUUACUUUUCCUUUGUGGAACUAUGAAGUGGUGUAUUGUGUUUGUACCAAAGGCGGAGAAAGGAUGUGACAAGUCCAUGGCCACUGGACUUUAUUCCAAGCUGUGGCGCCAAAGGAGAAGGGGCAUUUUACGGGCGUGUGUUAGGUCAGAACUGCGUCACCUUCUGAGUUUGCCAUGAUUUAACAAAGGGAGCCUAUUGAAUAUGAAGAGAGCAAUGAUGAAACACAGGGUUGACAGUGAUGCUCUGAAGAAAAACUGUCAUCUAAAUUUUUCUUAUUGCUGAUUUAAAAAAAAAUCUUGCCUUUUUUAGCAAAAAAAAAAAAAAAAUCAUGUUAGGCUGUUGGUAGUGCAGGUUCUGGCCCUCAGCAGAUUAGGUCAGAAUGCUGUGUUCUGCUAGAUCUUAUUUCACUAUUCCACACGGUGGGCUCCCUGUGUGAGAAAAGAUUGCUUGAUGUUGGCCGAAUUGAAACUCCUACAGUAAAGCUUUGCCAACCCUUCUCUGGGGUGGUUGUAUAGGAGAUAUUGGUGAUGUUGGUACCAAGUAAAAUUACUGAGACAAUAUGUGUAUAUAUGAAGUAAAAAGCACUGAAACCUUGCCUGCCUUGCAGGACCCAUUCACCAGUCAUUGGUGAAGGAUGAAUUCCUUUCCCCAGGUGUACAUUCAGUCCUCACUCACAGCAUUCAGUGUAUUUUAGAAUUUCUGAUGCUUCCUUAAAAUGAACAUUCUUCAAGAUUGGAUGGCAAGGUGGCCCUCCUUAUUUCUUACCACUUUUACUUUAAACAUACAACAACUCAUCUGGACCUUUUGGUGUGACCAACUUUACACUUAGGGGAAAAUAAGAACAUGGGGACCAUUUAUAGUAUGUGAAGGCAGUGAUUUUCAACCUUUUUCAUCUCAUUGCACAUAAAUUAAUUACUAAAAUUCUGUGGCACACCAAAAAAUAUGUAUUUUUGCCAAUUUGGUAAAAAUUGCCAAUUAGGCAAAAAUUUGCCAAAAAAAUACAUAUAAUUUUGAUUGAUUUACCACAAAAAAAGUAAUUACCUACCCUUUUUGCUCCAAAGUGACUUUUUAAAAAAUCAGGUGCCUAUAAUUGUACAUAAGGAUUUCUAGUACCAAGAAUUAGCCAAUCAGAUGCAAUCUUAUUAUGCAAUGUGACCAAUAAGCUACAACUCAUUAUUAUACAACCUAUAUGUGUAUUUGUUGUUCAAGACAGGGCAUUUGCACCAGACGGCUACUGUUGUGUUGGCUGUUGUCAUUUUUUAAUUUGACAACCUAAGGGGAAAAAGAUCAGUGUGCCAGACUAAAUAGUCAGGUAUUGCAUGCUUUAACACUUCUUGCGGCACACCAGUUGAAAAUCGCUGCGUUAAGGGAUCUGGAAGAAAUCUAAUCCUUAUGAAUAUUACACUGUUAGUAGGGAAAGGAAAAAAAUCUGCCUCAGUGAUAGUUUUGCUUAUAUGUAUUCCUCUUUGAUAGCUAUGAAUUCAAUGGGGAAAACAUUUUCUUCCUUUUUACUGUACAUUCCAACUGUUCACAUAAAACAUUGCAGAGAUCAGUAUGUAUUUUAACAACUUUUUGUGAUAUAUUAACACACUUUUAGAAUAAUUACUGAUGGUAGAAUUGAUCACUCCAGGACAGAAAAACCUAACUUAAAAUUUCAAAUGAAGUCACUAAUUUAUUUUAUUUACAUUUCUGGGUAAAAACUGGUUCUAUAAAUUAAGGGUAGUAGCUUCUUUAUGGUAAAGAUAACCUUUCUGAAAAGUAAACAGUUCUAUUGAAAUAACUUUACUAAUAUGUAGAUUUUGCACUUUAUUUCUGAGAUCUCAUUCAUUUAGUUAUCCUGAAAAUUUGGGCCCCAAGAGAAGAUGAGAAAGUUACAUACAACGAAAAUGUUGUAGAAACUGAAAAUGGACUCUAUAUCUUUGGUAAAAAAGAGGUAAUGUCAGUGUUUUUAAUAGGAAAUAUUGACUCUGAAUCACAAAAUAGAGACUCUGGGUCAACAAGUCCAAUGUUGUAAUGACUGUAAAUUACCUAGGGUCCAGGCUAGAAAGACUUGCUAGGUGAAGAAUACUAGACUUUCACAAAGAUCCAGUUUAGUUUUUAUACCUUAAAUUUGGCCCUCUUGCGUCCUUUUUAAUUUGAAUCAGCAAGGUACCUCCCUUCCCCUCAGGAGCAACAUUGAUCAAAAUAGAAAGCUGUCACUGAAUGGAGUGUUCAUUUUAUGCCAGUUAUUUCAAGUUUUAAAAUACACAGAAGGAAAUGUGGAAGGACCUCUUUGUCUCUUUCCUGUAUGAGCUUGCUUUCUUUCUUUCUUUCUUUCUUUCUUUCUUUCUUUUUUUCUUUCUUUCUUUCUUUCUUUUCUUUCUUUCCUUAUGUGGAAGAAUUAAAGACUCUGAAACCAAUUGAUAUGUUAUCAACCAGAGAUGGCAUGUGGCAGUCAAGCCAAAUGACACUGCUUUAAGAUCAGGUAUUCCUCACAUUUGUCCAAGGGAAUCGAUUUUCAGAAGGACUUGGAUUUGAAGAGAUGGCAGAUUGUAAGCCACUUGAAGACCCAAUUUGGAGGGGAAAAUGUAUGCAGCCAAUGUUACAUUGUUUCCUUUCCUAAAACACAUUGACACUGUAGACUGCAGUCAGUGCAGUGUGAAAACUUUGGAGUUACAUAUAGAUUUAACAUUUUUAUUGUUUGAUUUGUGCCCACAUAAUAGACAUUUUAUCAUGAAAAACUUCUGUUAACUCUGGAGAAAGCUAUUGUUUUGAUCUUGAAUUGUUUUCUGAUUUCCAAUUAUCCUUUGAAAAACUCUUAGGGCGAAAAAGCACUUCAUGAGAUGCUAAAGCUAGCUGACCCAUGAGUUGAAAAUGUUGACCCUAUCCUGUUAUUUAAAUGUGAACAUUUAAUGUACAUUAAGUGAGUUAUAGUGUUAAUAGUCUUGUGCUACUCA